GAAUAACAGUUUAUCUUCUCCAAAGAAAUAAACAAGAGAUUCCACAAUGUGUAGAUUUACAUACAACUAUUAUUAAGUAGUAUCUUCUGUUGAGACUAUUGUUAAACUUGUUAGUAAAAGGCAAGGCGGAGCGUUUAUACAAUAUUUGAAUUUAAUUAUUUUUUCUACUUGUUGAGUGAGAUGCAAAAGACGUUAAUAAAGUUAUUCUAUUGUAUUUUAUUGGUUAUUGCAUUAAAUCGUUUUUCAAUGACAUGGAGUUUAAAUUCAAAAGUAAAAACUUGCCCUGAGGAGAAGACAUUAAAUGGAAUAUUCGAAUGGAAGAUUAAUGAUGGUAAUGACGUAAAAUAUGUAAUAUCCCAGCCAGACGUAUGUUGGGAUAACGGCUUAAUAGUUUUGCGACAAUGUGACUUCAAAACGGGUAAAUGGUUUCCCAAAAAAGUUCAAUGCAGUAAAUUUCGCAGUAAAAAUGUCAAAUGUCCCGAUGAUUUAAUAGAACUGCCUGUAAAUGAUGAAUAUCUUUGUCUUAAAAUUUCGUCAGAAGAGCAAAAUUUUGACGAGCACUUCUGCUAUGGAUCGAAUUUUAUACCGGGACAUAAUACAUAUAUAAUUGAUCGUAAAAUUGUUCAGUUCCUUUUGGACGAAUAUAACAUUACAAGUUUUUGGUUACCUAUAAAAAGAUAUGAAGAGAACAAAUUUAAUCCAUUUGUAAUAAGAUUGCCAGGUAAACGAUGGAAUGAACUUUUCGACGACAGAGGGGAAAUGCUAUCAGCAAAAAACGAAACGUUAUCAGAUAAACAUUGCGUAGCUGCUCAUAUAGAGAGACAAGUUGAAAAGCAAGAGCAACCAUCGUUUCAAAUGAAAAUGACUCAUUGUAGUGAACUUCACUAUUCGGUCUGUGUAUUAAGGAAACAUUUCGUUGCAAAAUCGGGAUGUCCUCAAGACUCUGGUGCCUUAAGUCAUAGACCAAAUGAGUGUUAUGGAAUAACUUGGGAUGGACAAAAGUAUCCUGAUGAUUUUCGUAUGCUUAAUGUUACGGAGUACUUUAAAAAAGUCAAUACCAUAAAUAUUAUAUUUCACGAGUUUGAUAUUGAAAACGAAGAAUAUGUGGAGCUUGAGGGUAUUGUUCAGAUACCGAAUGGGAAGUGGGCUAUAAAACCCAAGAAUAAUCAUAUGAAAAUUGUCUCAUCCGGAAAAACACUUCAUGGUCUAUGUGUGGAGCACAUUGAAAGCCGUAAGAACGUUGAUAUGAUUUUACGUAUGGAUACUGAUCUUGAGGCUUUAAUAUUAACUGUUUACAAUAAGUUCUACAUUUGGUCAAACGACAAGCCUGAAAACAGCAUACAUUGCUUUACAAAUGCAGACUAUGGGGAAUUGUCUAAAGUGGAAUUGAAGAAAAUUUGGGAAAAUAAAUCACAUACUAAAACUAUCUUCAAGCUUAAAAUAAAAAGUGACGACCCUGGACAAUAUUGGUGUGAAGCACAUACGAUUUUCAAUUUUACUCAUGUAUAUUCUGCAAAAGUCGUUGCUGCGAAAGCUAAAAAGGGUCAUGCCUUUGCAAUGCAAAUAGAAGCUCCUAUAAAAUCUGAUUACCUUGCUAUAAUAUUUACCCAUGAUCACAUGAAACAAAUAUCCAGGUGCAUCAAAGAUAAAUUAAAAACUGUACAAGAACAACACCAAAAUCUUAAAGAUCUAGUCAUUCACAAUGUACGAGUAAUGGAUAUUUUAUAUAUUUAUCCAAAUACAUCAUACUUAAGAUGUUUAUGUCACACUACUGUAUCGAUAAAAUCGUCAUCAGUGGAUACUAGCAAGGAACAGCAUAGCGAAGAAGACAGCAGUGCUGAAGAUAAUGAAGGAGUACGACACGAUACUGCGGUUCGUAUGAAAGCCAGAGAUUUACUUAUAAAUUUAAUUAAAGAAUAUCAGCCGCAUUUUAGCCAUACAGUACGUAGCUCAGAAUUUUGUUUUCCUGAAAACGAUUGGACGUUGGCGCAUAUUGGACAAUCUGCGACCAAAUCGAAAUUCUGCUUACAAAGAAAUGGCUUGCCUAUUACCCGAAAAUGUCUUGGUGAUUUUACUAGUGGGGCCUUUUGGGAAGGGCUAACAUUAGGUGAUUGCAUCACUAUUACAGGGUCUAAUUUAAUUACCAGAAACCUUUAUACCUUGGAUAUAACAAAAACUUCAAUAGACCAGCCAGAAAAAGCUGUAAGAGAUGUAAGAAAACUCUUGGAAUCAAAUCUACAUAAUCUAAUUCCAGCUGAUCUUUAUUAUCUGGCCAAAAUAAUAGGCAUAUCGAUCAAAACAAUGCUUAAGAUUCCUUCUAGACCACCAACUCAGACAGUGCAAACAUUUUAUCCAUUUAAUCAUAAUUUCGAGCCUUCCAGGUCUAAAGUAAACUUUUCGGAAACGACUAUAGAAGUAGUUCGAAUUUUUAACUAUUUACUUGAAGUAAAUGAUCGCAUAAUUCGUCCUUCCAUAGAACUUAACGCCACAAAUAUUUUAUUAGAUACAUUUGAAUAUCUGAUAGAUCACAUGUCAUCAUUGGAAACAUUUCGAGAAAAUAUAACUACAACAACUAAUCAAUCUAUCACGCCUUUAGAAAACUUAAUAAAUGAUAGCGACAAAGAAAUCGAUAUUAUCGAAUACUUAGAUGUCGGUGUUGUUGUUCAAAUGGCAACAAAUUUUGUUGCUUUUGUUAUUAGUCCCCAGGUUGCUAAUGUCACUGGAAUUGCAUUAUUUCGGGCAGAUGUAAAUAGUGAUGAAGAAUUUUAUGAUGACGGUUUUCUGAAAGGUGCAUUUAAGAACGAAUAUUAUCGGUUUGUUUUGGCCAACCAGAGCAUUGAUGAGUUACUAAAUGAACCAAAUAUUUUAAUGGGAACUUUUGUACCCACUUCGUUGUGGCAACGCCUCGACGAAAUAUCUAGGAUAUCUAAUAAUACUUGGAAAUCACAGCGGCCGGAACCAAAGGUUGUUAUAAAGAUUUAUGCUAAUGAUAAAUUGUUUCAGGAAACUAAUCUAACUGCAGAUAGAAUUGUAUAUGGCAAAGUAAUUUCAAUAUCAAUUCCUGGACAUGAUAAGGAUCUUCCCGAAAUUUUACCACUAAUUUUGACAAUCAGUGAUGAUGAUAUAGAUGAUUUUGAAAAUAAUAACGAUACAGAAAAACAGUAUUGCAGUUAUUGGAAUUAUCAGAAAUGGGCAAGUGAUGGUGUUAUGGUACUAAGUCGUUCAGAAGUGAACAACAACACUGUGCUGUGCGGCUGCACUCAUUUGACACCAUUCGCAUAUUUAAUUGGUGGUAGCUACAACUUAUCUGUAGAUUCCGAUGUCGAAGUUAUAGUAAAGAAAAUUCACAAACAGGCUUUGGACAUAAUUACACUAUUGGGCUGUUCUCUAUCUUUGUUUGGAAUUGCUGGAAUAUUUGUGACUGCCUGCACAUUUCGUUCAUGGCGCAAGAAAGCCAAUUCAAAAGUCCUGCUUCAACUUUCGGCUGCAAUUGCAUUGCAAAUGAUACUUUUUUGCUUUGUCAACACCGAAGAACACUCGCAACAUCUGAUAAGCAAUAAAAUAUUCACCAGUUGCAUAACAAUUGGCGCUUGCCUACACUACUCAGUACUCGUACAGUUCUGUUGGAUGGUUAUAAUUGCAUACCUACAAUUUAAGCGUUAUGUCCAGGUGUUUGGCAAUACCCGACCUAAACGUUUCUUCAUCAAAUCAACUAUUCUGGGUUGGGGUUUACCACUUAUUCCGGUUGCAUGUGUACUAGUGUUUGACAGCGAUUCUUACAUUCCCGAUCGAAAUGAAUCAACAAACCCUCUCUGUUAUCCAUCUGGAAUAUCUUUCUACGUUGGUAUCGUUUUGCCCAUUACUUUGAUCAUAAUAGCGAAUUUAGUGAUAUUCUUCGUUGUUAUAUAUAACAUUCUUAAACAUCCAGCUGGAUCUAUACGCCACACUGAAAAAAGUUUAGCCAUAUCCCAAAUACGUCUAUUGGUACUUUUGUUUUUCCUUUUAGGAUUUACAUGGAUUUUUGGACUUUUAAACGCUAUGAAAGCUGGCUUAAUAUUUUCAUAUUUAUUUUGUCUAACUGCAACCCUACAAGGAUUUAUUCUUUUUUUAUAUUUCGUUAUUAUGGAUCCUGUAACGCGGCGCAUGUGGUAUGGAUUCUUUAUAAAGUUAUGUGGCCUCAACCCAAAAAAUGAAAACUCGUCGAGUGCAAAAGAAUCAACGCAAGGUUUUUAACUAACACAGUAUUUUUUCAGUAUAAAAUAUUUAUUACAAAAUUAACAGUACUUACAUCGAAGAAUUUUAUUUAGUGUUACUGUUGGCAAAUCAUAUUUAAAUUGGAUUUGGUUGUAUAAACUAAAAAUUCCACAUUAUUAUCCUAUAUCGCCCGUAUAAAUUUUUCUUUUUAAUAUUUGGAACCGUUCUGAGGCAAUGCUCAGCAAUAACUAAC